UGUUGAGUGUGAUAUCGAUAUCGAAGUCGUAAACUGCGUGUCAGUGUGACCACAUUGAUGGUAUCGAAUAAUCAUCGAUUUUUAUUUUCUGCGUAAUUCUUUUCGUAUAAUUCGAUUAAACAUAAAUAAAUAAACGCAGUUGCAAGUAUAUAAACAGUUAACCAGCAUAAUCUUAUGCUCGAAAUCGCCGGUAAAAGUUGUAUGUUUUUUAUUUUGGCCAACCCGCAAUUUAAUCGGCGAGGCGGCGUGUUUUCUCCGAGUUCUAUUUAACCGUAUUCGGGAAAUGGGCCGCGAUCCGUAGGCGGAAAACGUGGAGAAGAGGAACGAGGAAAGAAAAGCGCCGUGGCGAGGAGGAGGAGUGGAGAGCGAAGUGCGAAAAGUGUUUGGGGUUAUGUGUUAGAGUCCCCGCGGGGGGAUUUUCAGCUGGUUGGAUCCGCAACAGAGACGUAAUCGUUCCGGGAAAUCACUCGGAUUGCAGAGCACUCUCACAAAAAAAAAAAGAAAAGAAAACACGCAAAACAUGGCAAGUGCCGUUCGCGCUAAGUCGGCCGCAGUCGGCGUCGUAGUCGACGAAAGCAGUGGUGGCGACAGCGACAGCAAAGGCAGCAUUGCCAAGCAGGAGCUGUCCUUAGGUCAAAUGACAGAGUCUCUGGCCGCCCUUCGCUCACUACUACAGAAGAGGCACGAAAACUACAUACACGCUCGAUGGGACGAUCCUAUACUCUUGAUAAUGGAGACACUGGAGGAAAUUGAAUACAGUCAAUCCGCUGACUCGGAGGAACAGGUGGCCACCGGUAGAGAACCCUGCCAAGAGGACUCCUUAAACGCCCUGCGUGAGUUGGUUAGGAACAUAAAGCCGCCCGACUACUCACUUCUUCUGAUUGUAAAGCACAUUGAACAACUAACCAACAUCUUGGCAACGGACAGCCACGAGCAAGUCUCUUUGAUUUGCCUUAGGGAUCUGAACAAAACCAUUAGAAAGGAGUGGCCCCGGGACAACUGCAUCCACGUGAUAAUGAAGCGAAUACAAAAUAUAAAGCCUCAGCUGACCACGGAAAACUUGUGCUUUGGGGAACGCAUACGUGACGACAGGUGUCCACUCUCCCUGCAGACAAAGCGGCACAAAGAACGCAUUCAGGCCAUGGUUUACGAGCGGCAGCACUGGCGCAUCCGUGAGCGCAUGAAGACGGCCAGCGUGGCCCUGGUUCUGUGUCUUAAUAUAGGCGUAGAUCCACCCGACGUGGUCAAGAUCCAGCCAUGUUCUCGACUAGAGUGCUGGAUAGAUCCCAGUUCAGUGUCGCCACCUAAGGCCAUGGAACUUAUUGGUAGUAACCUUCAGAUGCAGUACGAACGCUGGCAGCCAAGGGCCAGAUACAAGAAGUGCCACGAUCCCACCGUGGAGGAUGUUAAGAAACUGUGCACCUCUCUUCGGCGGAAUGCCAAGGGAGAACGUAUACUCUUCCAUUACAACGGACAUGGGGUGCCCAAGCCAACGACCAAUGGUGAGAUCUGGGUAUUCAACAAGACCUUUACGCAGUACAUACCUUUGAGCAUCUUCGAGCUGAUUACUUGGAUGUCGGCGCCCUCGAUAUACGUAUACGAUUGCUCCAAUGCCGGGAUCAUCAUCAACUCGUUUCAGCCGUACGCAGAACAGCAUGAACACGAAUUGGAGAAGGCGCUGGUCGCCGCCCAGCAGAGGGGUGGGGUCCAGCAACUUUCAGGCGGCCCAGGUGGCGCCGCCAAUGUAGCCGGCAAUCAGGUACAGCUGCCCAACCAGAUGGUCAGCUACAAGAAUUGUAUACACCUGGCCGCCUGUGCGGCUAACGAAAUUCUGCCCAUGAAUGCCCAGCUGCCGGCGGAUCUGUUUACCAGCUGCCUGACCACACCCAUAAAUAUCGCCCUCAAGUGGUACGCCAUGCAGGAGAAGCUGGGCAUGGUGCCUCGUAUCCAGAGCGAGCUGAUCGACAAGAUACCAGGCAAGGUCAACGAUCGACGUACAAUGAUGGGCGAGCUGAACUGGAUAUUUACCGCCAUUACGGACACGAUAGCGUGGAACACGCUACCCCGCGAUUUGUUCCAGCGUCUGUUCCGUCAAGACCUGCUAGUAGCUAGCCUUUUCCGCAACUUCCUGCUGGCCGAACGCAUCCUGCGUAGUCACGAUUGUACACCAGUUUCUCUACCCGCCCUGCCCCCUUGCUAUCGCCAUCCAAUGUGGAAGGCCUGGGAUCUGGUGGUGGAUCUGGCCCUGCAGCAGUUACCCGAGAUCCUCGACCACAAUGCUCCUUAUCGCCAGCUGCCGUUCUUCGAGCAUCAGCUAACGGCUUUCCAAGUUUGGCUAGAUAGCGAAUCGGAGUCGAGAACGCCACCGGAGCAGCUGCCCAUUGUACUGCAGGUGCUUCUAUCGCAGGUGCACCGCUUGAGAGCCUUAGAAUUACUGGCACGUUUCUUGGAUCUGGGUCCUUGGGCCGUUAAUCUCGCCCUAGGAGUCGGCAUAUUUCCUUAUGUGCUUAAGCUGCUACAGAGUUCCACACGUGAGUUGCGACCAGUUUUGGUGUUCAUUUGGGCCAAGAUUCUGGCUGUGGAUCCAACAUGCCAGGUUGAUCUGGUCAAGGAGUACAAGUACUUUUUGUCCGUGCUGCAAGACACCUCCGUCUCUAAGGAGCAUCGCACGUUAUCCGCCUUCGUAUUGUCCUCCAUUGUGCACAACUUUCUGCUGGGCCAAACUAGCGCCCUGCAGGGCCCGCUUCUGUCUAUUUGCCUAGAGCAGCUCAACGACGGAAGUUGGUUGCUGCGUCAGUGGCUUGCCAUUUGCCUAGGCAUGCUGUGGCAAAACUUUGAGAAGGCGCGAUGGUCAGGAGCCCGAGAUUUGGCUCACGAGAAACUGUACGUUCUGCUGCGGGACUCGAUUCCGGAAGUGAGAGCCGCUGCUGUAUUCGCAUUGGGCACAUUUAUUAGCUCUGUGACGGAUCGCAGCGAGGAGCAGGCCAAUAACAUUGAUCGCAUCAUUGCCAUUACCAUGCUGGAGACCGUGGGUGAGGAUAUGUCCCCGCUGGUACGCAUGGAGUUGGCUGCCGCUCUGCAAUGGAUGGUCCUGCUGUUUGAGUCUCAGUUUGUGGCCGUUUAUCUAACAGAGCACAUGCGAGGCCAUGCGUCCGCCGCUUCUUUUGUGAUGUGCGGCGAUCCCAGGGAUCUGACAUCUUCUACUCAUAGCCUGGAGCGUCAUGUUACCAUCCGAAGAGGAGCCAGCUCCAGCUCCAUAUCCAAUAUGGGCGGUGCUACAACCAGCUCGGGUGCUGGGUCAUCCGGCAACACUUUGGGUCGCUCAAAGAGUGGAUCUGGUAGCUCCGGCGGAAGAGGAGCAGCAGGAGCUGCUGGAGGCACUAAUAGCAUACCCUUCCAGUCGAUCUUCACCAAGCUGUGGCUGGGCAUUUGCAAUCUGGCCCAGGAUCCGUUUCCCCGUGUUGCAGCCAUUGCUCAAGAGAUUGUUGAUCAUGUGAGGGAUACGGCUUUGUGUCCUAUUAUGGCCGCUAAGGAAGCCACGAUGGCGACGGCCUCGGAGAAAUGCAGUAGUUUGAGUGUAAGCCUGCCACCAAGUCCGAAUACAAGGGUUAAUUACUUGGGUGGCACCGGAGGACCAGGAGGAGCCGGGGCUGCUGGAGAAUCACCUCCUGUCGGUGCAGCAGCCUCGGGCGCCAGCCACUGGGCCCAAAAGCUGCGGUUAUCGGGCAGUGGAGGCGGCGUGGCUGUAGGAGAUCCUCAGACUCUCCUGCAGCGCAAGCUGCGGACCAGCUCCAUAAACGAUGAGACUGACAGUGGACCAGCAUACUCAAGAGGAGCAGUAGGCGCUGGAGCUGGAUUAGGAUUGCCCAGCGGACCGAGGGAGAGUACCCAUUCGGCGCGGAGCAGCGGCAGUGAGAGCAAUCAGUACUUGGAGCCUGGACACAGCCUCACACCCAUUGUAACGACCGAGUUUAUACACUGGGCCAUUUCCUAUUUUACACGGCCCGGCAAGGAGCGCUAUAGCAGUGCUGAGGGAGUGGCGGAGGAGGGACGCCAGCGUUACCCAGUAGACCGAAACUCGAUGGAGUUGCGACUCAGAAGAUUGCGCUUCUUGAAAAACGAUUAUAUUCGUCGGAAUGCACGCCGCCAGCACCAGGAGCAGAGUGAUCGAUUUGGUUACGAUGUGUGCGUAUGGAACCGAAAGACACAGUUCACGCCCUCCAUUGUGAAGCUGCUACCAUAUGAGCCACAGAUUGCAGUAGCCUACAGAGAGAAGGUUCUUGUGUACGACUUCCAGUACAAUUCGGUGCGCACCUACGGCUCUGAUGCUUUAGCUGAAAGUAGCUCCACUGGCUCUAGCUCCGGGUAUGGAUCGGGUUCUGGAUCAUCUUCUUCUCUCAAUGGCAGUACUCCGCGGAAAUCGGGCUGUGGUGGAUUUUCCACCGCCCCCUUUGCUCGCGUAAGUAGCAUCGAGUUCAUCAAUGCUCAUGAUAUGGCGCUCAACCUAGUGGCACACGAAGACGGAGUGGUAAGAGUCUGGCAAUCCUCGUCGCCGGCCAACUCUGCCAAUUCCGAGGAUUCCCCCAGCAAGGCCCGCUUAGUGACAGCUUGGACAGCCCUGGGGCAGGUUAAUCAGACUGGUUAUCGUCAGCGUAGUAUGGCUUCUGGCGGAAGCAUUGGCAAGGGUACGGACGUGUCGGGACUCUCGAUGGGUGGAUCUGGCACAGGGAGCAUUGUGACUGCCUGGCAGCAGUGCAGCCAGAACCUAGUGAUAGGCGGAGGAGGCUGUCGAUUUAUUCGCAUCUGGGACGUGGAGAGGGAGCUAAAAUUGGCGGAUAUUCCUUUAGGUCGCAGCGAAACCUGUGCCCGGGUUCUGGCACCCUACCUGCCCAACAUGCGAUCGGAUGUGAUCCUCGUCGGUUGUGACGACGGUAGUGUGCGCCUGUUUGACAAACGAUGUUCGCCGCAGGAUGCACGGAUCUCUGUAUACAGACGCCACAGUGCUCCCAUUCUACACGCUUGCAUGCGGGCCAACGAAACGGUGUUGGUUUCCGGUUGCACUGAAGGUCGGAUUAGCGUGGCGGAUUUACGGGGGAGCCAGUUUCCCAAUAGCGUUAGUGAUGUGCUGCACGAGUGGGACGCUGGUGGUGAUGUGACGGCCAUUGCUAGUCACCAGAUAGCGGACACGGUGGCCUGCGGAAAUGCCUCCAAGAUCGGAAUAUACUCGCUAGACGGCCGAGUGCAGAAGGUGCUAAGAACGAACGAGGGUUUUAUUGGACCCAAGAUCGGACAUCCCACCUGGCUGUCGUUUCAUUCGUACAAGGUGCAGCUGGCAGUGGGCUUUGUGGACAAUAUGGUGGCCAUCUACAGCCCCACCCCAGUUCUAUAAGGGCUGUGGAAAAUGGAAAAUUGACGUCGAUAAGAAUCCCGAAACCUUGGUCAACGCACGCAGGUUCCUUGCGGAGCCGCAGAUGGAGUCAGCAGUGGAGCA